UGGUUACUGCUAGGAAACCGGGGCGGGGAGGGGGGGGUGCAGCUGUGGGCUAGCGGGAGAGGAUCGCCGGUUCUGGCUUGGCAGCCUCGCACUCCUAAAAAAUUGGGAUCCAGGUGGCAAAGGGAGAGAUGGGUGGCUCCAAGACCAGUGUCGUUUUGCUUUCGAUGGUCUUGUUCAGCGGAACGUCCAGCGAUGCUCAUUCUCUUUCCUAUAAUUUCACCAUUGAUCCUCAGCCCAGAGAUGAUCAGCCAUGGUGUGAGGUUCAAGGAGAAGUUGAUCAAAAGGUCUUUCUCUCCUGUGACUGUGGUACAGCUAAGAUCAAGUACAUGAGUCCAUUGGGAGAGGAAGUGAAAAGUAUGAGCGCCUGGGAAGCACAGACUGUCACACUCAGAGACACUGGAGACUUGCUCCAGGGGCAGAUGCAUGAUGUUACACCGGAGAAACACACAGACAAGGUGGGAUCAGGCCCUCUGACCCUGCAGGCCAGGAUGACAUGCUGGCGUGAAGACAAUGGACACACCAAUGCAUCCUGGGAGUUUGGCUUCAAUGGACAACUGUGCCUCCUCUUUGAUUCAGAGAAUGGACCCUGGACAGUGGUUCAUCCUGGAGGGAGACAGAUGAAAGAGAAAUGGGAGAAUGACAGGGCUGUGACCGACUUCUUCAAGAAGGUCUCCAUGGGAGACUGUCAGGCCUGGCUUCAGACUUUCUUGGUGCGCUGGGAGAAAAUGUUGAAGACCUCGGCAUCACUGACCAUGGGACCCUCUACAGUGCAGCCCAAGGCCCUAACCAUCAAGCACAUCACCUGGAUCCUCCAGGUAGUCCUCACCAGUUUCACCAUAACUGUCUUCCUGGGCUGAGUCCUUUCCAGAACAAGUACUUGCCGAGAGCCAGCGUGAGGAAUCCCACCCGUGAAGACGUCAUGAGGGAGGAAGCUGACAUACGCAAGGACGUGAUCAGACUUCAGGAGUUCCCCCUGGCAUUU